UGUUACUGUUGCAGCUGGAUGCUGAGGCCAGUGAACUACUGAAGGAACUGCAGAACAAACUCAACACCGUGCUGGAUGAGCUCAGUGCAGUCUUCGGCUCCAGUUUCAAACCGGUGAUUGAGGACUGUGUAAAGCAGAUGAACCAGGAAUUAGUCCAGAUGAAGGGGAGUGCUGCAGGGAAGAGCAACGCUGCCAUGGAUGCUGAGACUGUCCUCAGACCACUCAUGGACCUUCUGGAUAAAAAUUUGAUUUUAUUUGCAAAGAUCUGUGAGAAAACGGUGUUGAAACGAGUCCUGAAGGAACUGUGGAAGAUCGUCCUCAACACCAUUGAGAGAAUGAUAGUCUUACCACCUCUCAAUGACCAGAAUCAAGGAGCCCAGAUGAUUUUCAGUGCUGCCAAGGACCUGGGACAGCUAUCCAAACUCAAGGACCAUGUGAUCAGAGAGGAAGCCCGUAGCCUGACACCAAGACAGUGUGCAGCCAUGGACCUUGUCCUUCCCACCAUCAAGCAAUAUUUCCACGCCGGAGGAAACGGUCUGAAGAAGACGUUCCUUGAGAAGAGCCCUGACCUCAAGUCCCUCAAAUACGCUCUGAGCCUUUACACACAGCCUACUGAUGCCUUGAUCAAGAAGUAUAUAUGCACACAAACCUCUCAAGGUCAGUCUACUGACAGCUCCGUGGGGGAGGUGUCCAUGCAGGUGGAUCUCAUCUCUCACCCUGGCACUGGAGAGCACAAAGUCAACGUGAAGGUGGUGGGGGUCAACAACCUAAGCUGGCAGACCAAUGCCAUGUUCCGACCGUUCGUGGAGGUGAAUGCGGUCGGGCCGCACCUCGCCGACAAGAAACGCAAGUUCACCACCAAGACCAAGAACAACAAUUGGUCACCAAAGUACAACGAAACAUUCCAAUAUGUUCUGAGCAACGAGUACGGUCCAGAGUGCUACGAGCUCCACGUCUCAGUGAAGGACUACUGCUUCGCCAGAGAGGACCGGAUCAUCGGCAUGGCGGUCCUCCAGCUCAGAGACCUGGCCGACCAGGGGAGCUGCUGUGCCUGCUACCCCCUGGUGAAGAGCAUCUCCAUGGACGACACCGGACUCACCAUCAUGAGGAUACUCUCUCAAAGGACCAACGACGAAGUGGCCAAAGAGUUUUGUCGUCUCAAGACCGACGUACGCUCUUCAGAGGAGGUGGCCUCCUAGUAUGGAGAUGUGAUGGAGGAAUGUAUGGAAUGAAUGGAUGCUUGCAUAGAAGGGAAGAGAGGAGGGGAAGAGAGGGAGGGAGGCGAGAGGGAGGGAGGCAAGGGGAAGGAAGGAAGGAAGGAAGGAAGGAAGGAAGGAAGGAAGGAAGGAAGGAAGGCAGUUGAGGAGUUGUGUUGUCUGUUUUUGUGCAUGUGCGUAAAACAUCUGUUGGAAUGUUCAUUUUAAACUACAGUAUGUACCAGUGUUUACUUACCGUAUGCUCAAUAUUAAGUACAAUAUUCUACGAGUUAUGUUAACGAGACAUGAAAUACCUUUUUGUACAACAUUUAGAUUUGUUCUGAUAAAGUGCCAAACCAGAGGAAAAAAGUACAACAAAACAAACAACAAAAGAUAAUAGUGAUGAAUUAUGGUGAUACUUAAUAUGUUUGAUGAAAAAUUUGCUUGAUUAUUUGGUUCAGUGUAAAAUCAUUCUCUCAAAAAAACGGUGGCGUUUUAAUCGUUAGAAAUCAUUCAUUUGCACCCUCGUUUUGUUACUCGUCCCCUCACACAGCACUUGUUGUGCAUGUCCCGUUUACAACCAUGUCUCUUCCAUCAUCUCACAGUGACCACAGGGUCGGGGUCCAUGUACCCUGGCCCUAAAACUCUUUGUAUUUAAGCCGAAACCUGAAAAGAGACCAUUUUUUAACGGCGAUGACUGCUAUGUAAACCUUCAUAGGUGUUUGUAAUUUUAUAACCAUGACAACAACGAAAAGCCUCCAGUGCUGUCAGUCUACACAGAAAGGGUGGAUCCUAUUUUCUCUUUUUCUUUUUGCCUGUAAUCUUUCCGUUCGGCCAUCGGCUUCCAGCCUUUCUUUACGACCACUGUGAACACGAGCUCUGGAAGGCAAGCCUGCUGACGGUUUGAUAUUGUUUUCAUAUUUAUUAAGAUAACUUUGUUCCUGAGAAACUGCCAAAGUUAUAUCAAAAUGUUUGUACAAAAGCAAUCCAUUACAUGUAUGAAAAAUAUAUAUGUACAUGUGAACUAUUUACUUUUACAAUGCUAAAUAUCUGAUUGUUGAUGGGGCGGUUCUAGAACUAUUUUUUGGAGUUUGUGUGAAGCUAUUUACAAGAUUUGAGAGUCGCAAAAUGUUACUUUACACAUGAGUUGAAUUCAGCUUCUGCCAUUUGGUUUAUUUUAUAUCAUUAAGGAAAGAGUCUAACAUUGGGUAAAUAUGCAACAUUCCUAUGUAUUGCACUGAUGGCGAAUUGUAUGUCAUGUAAAUAUAUUUAGUGAGAAAUUGUACAAAACAA